GAAGACCUACUUAUACUCCAGGAUAAUUGCAGCCAACUACCGAGGUUGGCUUGAUUUCGACGUCACCUCGUCGUUACAGUUUUGGUCGAAGAUGCCAGAGAUGAACUAUGGCUUCAAGAUAGAAGUAGAAGAUUCUUACGAAAGACGUCAUGACCCAAACUUGUUCUUUGUGAAUAUAAACUGUACUGAUGACGAAGGGCUUCAUUCCAUCAAUACUACAGCACUAGAGUCUCCGUUCCCGAAUAUUGAGGAACUUUAUCCAGAUAUGGGGGAGAACGACUCCGCUGUCUUUGAAAAUGAAACAUUUCCCACCCUGGAUCUGCGGACUGUAGAAAUAUCUCUUUCUUCUCAUCAACCAUUGACUCGUACGCUGAGCAAGAGACGAGUUAAAGACGACGAAAUUGGGAACUCCGUAGUUUACCACGACUGUGAUGUGAAUGCAGAAGAAUACACUUUACCAGAAGAUAUCGUUGAGGGAAAGACAAUCAUUUCGUCCACAAGAAUAGGCCACCUUUCUUGUUCGAACACAUGUACCAGACAUGCUGUUAAUGAUGUCCAGCCAGAUGACCUCUGUAACAAGAACAACAAGAUCUGGGUAUGUGUACCAAGUGCGAAGGUGCCUUGGAGUUUCCUGUAUUACAAUGAAGACUACACCAUUCUUUUAGGAACCGUUCCUGACAUUGUGGUGCAAAACUGUACGUGUGUGUGCUCAUAAUUCAAUAUGGAUCUUUCAUCAGACCACUCUUUGGAUAUCAGUAUGGAUCUUUCAUACGAUCGUUGUUUGGAUAUAGCAGCUCUCAUAAUAUCUUUCCUCAUCUCUUCUUUUUCUGAAACUGUAAUUAAAACCUCGAGAACGAAGUAUGGACAGUAAAACUUUGGUUAUAACACGAAUUACAGUCGUGAUGUGGUAGUUUUAGCCACAUGAAACGAGUGACGCUUACUUUAAAAGUAAAUUAUAUUUUAACGUCUUUUUUAUUUCUUCAGGUUUCGAUGUAACGUUUUCUUAAAAUAGGAUAUUUAGAGUUCCUGUUUAAUGUUAGUGAAAUGCUUAAAAGUUAUCGUUUUGUUAUCAUAAUUGUGAAGGAUUUUUAACUGUAUGAGCUUACAACUUUACUCUCAAACAAGAGUACUUAUGCCGGAAUAGAAACCUGUGCAUAGAAUAUAAAUUGAUAGUUGUCAGUAUUUGUUGAAUUCCUUUAUUGGAAAAUAUCUGUAAGUUUAGGUGGGUCGUAACUGUUUUUAUGUAUUUUAUUUUACACGUAACAAAAUAAAAACUACACUUUUAGAAGAA